AGAGGCAGCUGGUGGCCGGCCCGUCCUUGCUCUCUCGCGCCCUCUACCGGGAGGAGAGGCUGCCGCUCGGCGCACGUUUGCUCACACAAAAGACCGACUCUCCUCGCUCUCGCUCUCGGAGGCUCCUCGGGCAUCGGAAGGGCUGCCGCACGCAUCCUGAUGAAUCUCACCGCGGAGCAGCACCGCGUGCGGCUGAACGAUGGGAACAGUAUCCCUCUCAUCGGGCUUGGCACCUAUGCUGAUCCCAAAAAGACCCCCAAAGGCACUUGUUUAGAAUCGGUGAGAACGGCCAUUGAUGUAGGCUACCGCCACAUCGAUGGUGCUUUUGUGUACUACAAUGAACAUGAAGUGGGGCAAGCCAUCCGAGAGAAAAUCACCGAAGGAAAAGUCAAGCGGGAAGAUAUAUUUUACUGCGGCAAACUGUGGAAUACAUGUCACCCACCAGCUCUUGUGCGCCCAACCUUGGAGAGGACAUUAGAUGUUUUGAAACUCGACUAUGUUGAUCUCUACAUUAUUGAGCUGCCAAUGGCAUUCAAGCCUGGAGAGGCCAUCUAUCCUUUGGAUGAAAAUGGAAAAUGGAUAUACCAUGAGACAGACUUGUGUGCCACUUGGGAGGCUUUGGAAGCAUGUAAAGAUGCUGGCUUGACAAAAUCCAUCGGUGUGUCCAACUUCAACCGCAGGCAGCUGGAAAUGAUCCUGAACAAACCAGGGCUUAAGCACAAGCCAGUCAGCAACCAGAUUGAAUGCCACCCAUAUUUUACUCAGCCCAAACUCUUAGAAUUUUGCAGACAGCAUGACAUUGUCCUUGUUGGGUACAGCCCUCUAGGAACUUCAAGAGAUGAAACCUGGGUCAAUGUAUCUUCCCCUCCUCUCUUGGAGGACCCAGUGCUGAAUGCUAUUGGAGACAAGUAUAACAAGACAGCAGCUCAGGUUGCUCUGCGUUUCAGCAUCCAGAGAGGGGUUGUGGUCAUUCCCAAAAGCUUCAACCCAGAGCGUAUUAGAGAGAACUUCCAGAUCUUUGAUUUUUCCCUCACUGACAAGGAAAUGAAGGAAAUUGAAGCACUGAACAAAAAUAUCCGCUAUGUGGAGAUGUUAAUGUGGAAGGAUCAUCCUGAAUAUCCCUUCCAUGAUGAAUACUGAAACAAUGAUGCUUCCAAGGAUGUAGUCUCACUGUAGUGGUCAUUUUUGUUUGGUUUCUAUAAUAGCAAAAUUUUACUAUCUCACCAUCACACAAUCUCUCCCUCAGUACCACCAUUUAUGUAAACCAAGGUGCCUUCAGAAGAGCAAUUCAGGUUUCACGUGCACCUAAUUUUAGGGAUUGUGACUUGCGUUUUGAUGAUCUUCUGCCUUAAAUUCUGGUUUCCUCUUUUUUUGCUAUUUUCCUCAAAUGUCAGGUUGAACAAAUUCUGAAAGAAUCUUUCUGGUUAAACUGCGGGAUGUGAUUUCAGGAAGCAUUGCAUGGGGUUAGCAGUCAUUUAAAACAAAUCUUGGUGUGAACUUUGGAAGUGUGGGGUUUUUUUUAAAGAAAAAUAAAGCAAUUUUCUUCUAGGUCAA